AUUAACAAAAAAUCCCCAAAAACCAUCAAAAUGAAUAAACCUAAAAUAAGUUUCGGCAAAUUUCGACUUCCGGGAGGUUCAGAUCCUGCAGACAAAGAAGCUGAAAAGAAAACAGAAGAACCAACAACUUCAGGAUUUGGCAAGUUCAGCAAAGCAAUCGACGACAUAAAAGAUGACUUGGACUCAAAACAAAUCGAAAAAGCAAUCGGAUUUUCAGGUUUUGGAAAAAAAGCAAAAAAUUUCGACAUUGAAGAGAUGCUUCAAACAGCGAGAAAAAAUGCUCCUCGAAGUGCUCCAACGAAAAAUGAAGAAGAAAAUCCCGAAAAUGAAGAAAAUGACGACGAAGAAGAGGAAAUAAUUGGACCUUUGCCGACUUUAGCUGCAACUUCAAGUACAAAAACGAAAGAAAAACCCAAAAAAGACGAAUCCGACGACGAAGAUGAGGAUUCUGACGUCAGUUCUGACGACGAAGACGACUCCCUGUUCGCCCAAAUCCCUUCUUCGCACGAAGUUGUCAUGAAUCACGGCACAAAAGCUGUUAUCGCUUUGGAUGGCGAUGCAGCUGGAGGUCGUUUGGCAUCCGGAUCCAUCGAUUACGACUUAAACUUUUGGGAUUUCGCGGGAAUGGACAAAUCCAUGAGGAGUUUUCGCAAAUUGCAACCUUUUGAGAAUCAUCCAAUUCGUGAUUUGAGCUUUUCCUUGACGGGCGAAUUGAUUCUCGUCAUUUCGGGAAGUUGUCAAGCCAAGUUACUCGAUCGCGAUGGGUUUGAGAAGAUGGAAUGUGUGAAGGGAGACAUGUAUAUUACGGAUAUGGCGCGAACAAAGGGACAUAUUGCGGGUUUGACGGCGGGAGGAUGGCAUCCGAUACGAAGACAAGAGUUUUUAACAAGUUCUCAGGAUUCGACACUGAGAAUUUGGGAGGUUUUCAAGAAGCACGAACAUAAAAGUGUGAUAAAAACGAGAGCGCAAGGCGGGUUGAAGACAUCGCCGACGUCGUGUACGUAUAAUAGAGAUGGAACGUUGAUCUGCGCAGGAUGUCUCGAUGGCUCCAUACAAAUGUGGGAUACGCGAAAGAUGUUUGUGAACACGACACAUUGCAUAAGAGACGCCCAUCAAAAAGGAAAUGAAAUUUCUUCCGUCGUUUUCUCUUACGUCGGCACUCAACUCGCCUCUCGUUCCGUCGACGACACCAUGAAACUUUGGGAUAUGCGAAACCUGAAGACUCCAAUGCACGUUUUCGAAAAUUUACCCGCGAGAUACGACACAACCAACUGUUGUUUCUCUCCGAACGACUCGAUGCUCGUCACAGGCGAAGCUUUGCUCAAAGGAAAGAAAACCUCCAACAUUUCCUUCUUCGACACAAAAACUUUCGAACUCGUCAACGUCAUUCCCGUCACAGAUUCGCACAUCGUGAAAACCCUUUGGCAUCCAAAACUGAACCAAAUUUUCGUUGGAUGCGGAAAUGGGAUCAUCAAAGGUUUUUAUGACGAAAAUCGAAGCUUUCGUGGCGCUAAACUUUGCGUUAAUCGUAUUUAUCGGAAGAAAAAAGAGUCGGAAAUGGUUGGAACAGUGCAAAUUAUCACGCCGCAUGCGUUGCCAAUGUUUCGUCAAGAUCGCGCAAGAAGUCACCGAAGAAAACUCGAGAAAGAUCGACAAGAUCCCGUUAAGAGUAAACGACCAGAUUUGCCGAUUACGAGUGGGCAAGGCGGAAGAGUGCUUGAAGGAGGAGGCACGUUGUCGAGUUAUGUCAUUCGGAAUUUGGGUUUGAGUAAGAGAGUUGAAGACGAUCAAGAUCCGAGAGAAGCAAUCCUGAAAUUUGCAAAAGAAGCGGAAGAAAAUCCGUAUUGGAUUGCGCCGGCGUAUCAGAAAACGCAACCGAAGCCCAUUUUUAAGGCAGAUGCGGAAGAUGACGACGAACCUGAUUCGAAGAAACAAAAAACGACGUAAAAUAA